AUUCGUCGGUCGGUCCUACCAGCACAGUAGCUGUGACCACCACGCCACCGGUGGGUAGUCGCCGAACCCCGCUGCUCCGAUGGAAACCGCCGCGGCGCCCCGCGUCCAGGCGCUCGCCGACGCCGGCGUGCCCCACCUCCCGGCGCAGUACAUCCAGCCGCCCGACCUCCGCGCGGGCCCCUCCCCCGCCGCCUCCCUCUCCGUCCCCGUCCUGGACCUCUCGGACGCCGCCGCCGCAACAACCCACGCGGUCGGCCGCGCGUGCGCCGAGUGGGGCGCCUUCCACGUCGUCAACCACGGGGCCCCGGCGGGGCUGCUCGACGCGAUGCGGGCCGCCGGGCUGGCCUUCUUCCGCGCCCCCAUGGCGGAGAAGCUCCGGUUCGGCUGCGACCCGGCCAGGGGCGCCGCCGCCGAGGGGUACGGCAGCCGCAUGCUCGCCAAAGACGACUCCGUGCUCGACUGGCGCGACUACUUCGACCACCACACCCUCCCCGAGUCCCGCCGCGACCCCGCCCGGUGGCCCGACUUCGUCCCAGGAUACAGGGACACUGUUGUAAAAUACAGUGACAGCAUGAAAGUCCUUGCCCAAAGAUUGCUGUGCAUCAUCUCUGAAAGUCUGAACUUGCCACCCUCCUACCUGCAAGAAGCGGUGGGGGAAGCUUAUCAGAACAUCACCGUUAGCUACUAUUCCCCUUGUCCACAGCCAGAUCUUGCUCUCGGAUUGCAAUCUCAUUCUGACUUUGGCGCAAUAACACUUCUAAUACAAGAUGAUGUGGGUGGGCUCGAGGUAUUUAAGGAUGGGAUGUGGAUACCUGUGCAUCCUGUGCCUGGUGCAAUCCUUGUAAUUCUGUCUGACCAGACAGAGAUCAUAACCAACGGAAGAUACAAGAGCGCCGUGCAUCGAGCUGUGGUCAAUGCCGACCGUGCCCGCUUGUCAGUGGCGACGUUCUACGAUCCACCUAAAUCUCAGAAAAUAUGUACUGCCCCCCAGCUCGUGAGCAAGGACCAUCCGCAGAAGUAUCGGGAUGUGGUUUACGGCGACUAUGUCUCAUCCUGGUACAGCAAAGGUCCAGAGGGCAAGCGCAAUAUCGACGCCCUCCUGAUGGAGCAAUAGACAGGGCCAUUGAAAUGUGCCACAAAAUUUGUUACACACACAGCGCGAACCUGACAAACUUGAUCAAUAAAGAGGUGGAAAACAAGAUUGUAUAUAA